CGCGACCUGCUGGCCACCGACGUCACCAAGCGGCUGGCCCUUCGAGAGCGCCCCGACACCGGCGUCUACGUGGAGGACCUCUCCAGCUUCGUCUGCAAGAGCGUCGGCGAGAUUGAGCGCGUCCUGGUGAAGGGGCGGCAGAACCGAGCCGUCGGCGCCACCAACAUGAACGAGCACAGCAGCCGCUCGCACGCCAUCUUCCUCGUCACCAUUGAGCACAGCGAGCGGGACCCGGCGACGGGCGUGGAGCACAUUCGCCACAUUCGCGUCGGCAAGCUCAAUCUGGUGGACCUGGCGGGCAGCGAGCGCCUCGGCAAGACACAGACGGCGGGCAAACGUGCCAAGGAGGGCAUCACCAUCAACCUCAGCCUGUCGGCGCUGAGCAACGUCAUCUCGGCGCUAGUGGACGGCCGCACCAAGCGGCACAUUCCCUACCGCGACUCGAAGCUGACGCGGCUGCUGCAGGACAGCCUGGGCGGCAACGCCCGCACGGUGAUGGUCGCCAACAUUGGCCCCUCGGCGUACAACUACGAGGAGACGCUGACGACGCUGCGGUACGCCAGCCGGGCGAAGAACAUCCAGAACAAGCCCAAGAUCAACGAGGACCCGAAGGACACGCUGCUGAAGGAGUUCCAGGCGGAGAUUGAGCGGCUGCGGUUGCAGCUCGAAGAGCGGCGGCGGCUGAAGCUGACGGCCAGCAGCGUCAGCGGUAAAACAUCGUCUGAAGAUGUCACCAGUGACCAGCUCCCAGCCACCAUGAUCGACGUGGAGGCAAGUGAGCGGUUGCAAGCUCGUAUCCGCGCCAUGGAGAGCAAAAUGCUGGUCGGAGGAAAGAACAUUGUCGACCACACCAAUGAACAGCAACGUGAGCUGGAGACGCGGAUGGACCAGCUGCGGGCGCAACGGCAGCGGGAGCGAGCCAUGGUCCGCCAGCUGGAGGAGCAGGAGGAGGCGACGCAGGAGGUGCGGGAGACCUUCACCUCACUGCAGCAGGAGGUGGAGAUGAAGCGGCGGAAGCUGCGAAAGGUAGUCAAGGAGUUUCAGUCCAUCAACUCUGAGAUUCGCGACCUCCACGAAACGGCCUCCGAGGAGCGGCGCGAGCUGGAGCGCAUCUCCAGCGAC